AUGGCAUCUUGCAACUUGAAAACUUUCCCUAAUUUCUUGAGGUACCAAUCUGGAUUACAUGAUUUGAACCUCUCAUAUAACCAGAUUCAAGGAACAGUAUCCAAGUGGAUUUCGAGACUAGAUAGUCUUGACUAUCUUGAUAUCUCUCACAAUUUUCUAACUAAUUUUGAAGGGCCACUGCAGAACCGUACUCAUAAUUUGUACAGCCUUUACCUUCAAUUCAAUAAACUGCAAGAGCAGAUCCCAGGCUUUCUUCAUUAUGCUUCCUUUGUGGAUUACUCGAGCAACAAUUUUAGCUUUGUUAUCCCAGCAGAUAUUGGUCAUUACAUGUCUGAUAUAUUUUAUGUUUCUCUCGCAAACAAUAGUUUUCACGGCAGCAUCCCUCAUUCCUUGUGCAAUGCUUCAAACCUUCAAGUUCUUGACCUUUCCAAUAACAAAAUAUCAGGCAAAGUUCCCCAAUAUAUUUCCAAAAAUUGGAAAGCCAUGAUGUCUAAUGUGGGAGAAGAUCAAUCUAAGGUAGAACAUCUUGAUUUUCCAGUUGGUGAUAUAUAUUAUCAGGAUUCAAUAACAGUCACAAGCAAAGGUCAACAAAUUGUUUUGGUUAAAAUCCUAACGACCUUCAUUUCGAUUGAUUUCUCACACAAUCAAUUUGAAGGGCCAAUACCAAAGGAAUUAAUGGAUUUGAAUGCACUGUAUGUGCUCAACUUGUCAAGUAAUGGUCUUUCGGGUAGAAUUCCAUCAACCAUUGAAAAUCUGAUACGGCUUGAGUCAUUGGAUCUAUCAAAGAACUCACUUGAAGGAGAAAUUCCCAAUAAUCUUGCAAGUUUAAGCUUUCUCUCAGCCUUAAAUAUUUCCUAUAAUCAUUUGAUUGGGAAGAUCCCACCAAGUACUCAACUUCAGUCAUUCGAAGCAAGCUCAUUUGAAAGCAAUAAUGGGUUGUAUGGACCUCCACUCACCAAAACUCCAGAUCAUGGAAUGCAUACACUGCCACCACUUGCAAUGCCACCAUGUGGAAGCCUAGCUUGUGAAGUUCACUGGAAUUUAGUGAGUGCAGAACUGGGAUCGGUUUUCGGACUCGGAAUUGUGAUUGUUCCCCUCUUGUUUUGGAAGAAAUGGAGGCUGCAAUAUUGGCAAUUUCUGGACAGAAUUCUCUGCCGGAUAUUUCCUCAGCUGUGUGUUGAGUAG